CCCCAGACUCUGUACUUCGACACUUCAAAACAUGAUAGUAGACCUUUCGCAGUCGGACUUUAGCACGCUUCUCUGCUCUCGACGCGCGUGGCAGCUCCGAGUGUGUUCUGACAUGGAGCAAGACAAUCUGUCCGUGGUUCUGCACUCCAAGGGAGACCUCAGACUGGAGAAACGCCUUGUCCCGGAGCCAGGUCCUAAUGAGGUUUUGCUCCAGAUGCACUCUGUUGGUAUCUGCGGUUCCGAUGUCCACUACUGGCAGGAUGGCAGCAUCGGGGACUUUGUGCUGACGAAGCCAAUGGUGUUAGGACAUGAAGCAGCGGGACGGGUGAUAAAGGUCGGCUCUGCAGUCAAACACCUUCAAGCAGGAGACAGAGUGGCCGUUGAGCCAACUGUUCCCCGAGAGAUGGACGAGUUUUUCAAAAACGGGCGCUACAAUUUAUCGCCGACUAUCUUCUGCUGUGCCACGCCGCCCGAUGAUGGCAGCUUGUGCAGAUACUACACACACAGUGCCAACUUCUGUUACAAGUUGCCUGAUAAUGUGACAUUUGAGGAGGGGUCUCUGGUUGAACCUCUGUCCGUGGGCAUCCACGCCUGUCGCAGGGCCGGCGUGACCCUCGGGAGCACCGUGCUCAUCUGCGGCGCAGGGCCGAUUGGGUUGGUCUCUCUGCUUGUGGCCAAGGCAAUGGGCGCUUCGCAAGUUGUCAUCACGGAUCUGUUCCCUGAGCGUUUGGCCAUGGCCAAGGUUUUGGGUGCAGACUUCCAGCUGACUGUGAAGCAAGGGGACGGACCUCAGCAGUUGGCCAAGAGGGUGGAGGGCCUACUGGGAGCUCAGCCUCACAUCACGAUUGAAUGCACUGGCGUUGAGAGCAGCAUCCAAACUGCCAUCUACGCGACCCGCUCAGGAGGUGUUGUGGUUGUGGUGGGCCUUGGAUCAGAAAUGGUUAACAUUCCUCUCAUCAACGCGGCCACCAGAGAAGUGGACAUCAGAGGCGUCUUCCGCUACUGCAACACUUGGCCCAUGGCCAUCGCCAUGCUGGCAUCAGGAAAAGUGAAUGUGAAACCUCUGGUGACUCACCGUUUCCCCCUGGAGCAGGCCGCCCAGGCGUUUGAGACCACACGUCAGGGUCUUGGGAUAAAGGUCAUGUUAAAGUGUGACCAGAAUGACCAGAAUCCCUAAACUGCAGUGAAACGGACUCCUUUUUACAUACGGCCAAUAACCCUUCCAAUACUCAAAUAUUAGCAAUAUUGUGCAUGCACAAUACCAUGUUAACAACUGCGAAAACCAAAAUACUGUAAAAUCACAUUUGGGGUUUUGAAAAAAAAAAAAAAAAACGAAUAAGACCCUGGGUUGCUCCUUUUCGAACCUGAAUAUUUGGUCACGUAAACAUGUUUCAGAAUACAUACAUACAGUGGUACCUCUACUUAGGAACGUCUCUUCAUACGAAAUUUUCAAGUUACUUAACGCCACAACAGGAAAAUAUUGCCUCUUGUUACGAAAGAAAUUUCAAGAUACGAAAGGUAGAAAUACAGUAUGGCCCCCUACUCGAAGCUUUGAGUUUCCUGAACGCAAUAUACUAAUAGCUGCUCUGCCAUUGGCCAUUACCGAGCAUUAUCCUGGCAUCCCAUUGGCUAAGAGGGACUUCAACCGUAAUGUCAAUGUGUGCAGAUAGAUAUGUGUCUAUGCAGUGUCCUCAUCAUUUGCCCCUCAGGCCAUGAGGCGUUCCAAUAGUUAUACGUAAAUGUGAAUCACCCAGAAAAAGUGUUCACCAGUCGGGCGAUCGCUGCUUUGCCUUGGACAUUUUCGAAGGAUUGUUAAAAGCCGACAAAAGCAAAUGUCUUUGUAUUUGUUCUUGACAAAACGCCAGGCAAAAAACUCUUUUGAGAGAGAACAAGAACUAAAGAUGGUAAAGAAUGAUGAGGACGCAGUUAAAAGUUCAAUGACCAUCAUUUUUAUUCUUUACUAGAUUCAUAGUUUUUUACAUUCUGCAGAACUCUCAUUUAUUGUGCAAUACUCUGAAUUGUAACAUGUAUUUGUUACAUAUUUUUAUGCGUUAAAAAACAUUUGUGCCGGAUUUUUUGGGGGGAGGGGGGCUUGGAACGGAUUAGGGCGUAUCUACUUAAAAAAAAUCGAGUUCAGAAAUUUCUUCCAGAACCAAUUAAUUUCGUAAGUAGAGGUACCAAUGUACUCGCGACUUUGCGGUUCAGUUGAUGCGGCUUCACUCUAUUGGCGGUUUUCAUUUGUGACCACAACUUCAUCCAUUGCAGUUUUAUCUCUCUACAUUUAACGUAGCUUCUUGAUAUUUUUCUACCUUUUAAGUCGGACCAGUCAAAAAACGUUUGAUUUUCUUUUGUUUUGUGUUGCGGGGAAAUUUGUUUUACAAAAAAAUAAGACCAUGAACAUUAGAACACAUCAAAUUGUAAAAAUUAAAGGGUGGUAUUACGGUACGAUUUAUAUUUCAUAUAAUACUAACUGAUUUUACAAUUAAUAUUUGACUGCUUACACUUUUGAAAACACUUACUUACACUUACUUGCUCGUAUGGUACGACUUCACAUGCAUUUGUUAGUUACUGCCAGAAGGGGGAACUAGAGCAUCAAAUUCGAAACGACAUGAAUGGGAGAUAUUAAUUUCUUUCGCCCGAGAAGACCACCAUCGUGAAAUUCCCGAAUUCGGGCGAUUGAGCGAAUGAUACUGGAAAAGGUGGUGGAACGCUGCUUAAAAAAAUAUUGACUGUUUGGAAACAUGAUUGCAGUUAUCAAAUUAAAUUCCAUUGGUUUGAACAUUGAAAA